CCUCUCUGACUGUGAGUCCCAGCAGCUCUCAGAUGUUUGAAGACGAGUCUGUCUCUCUGAGCUGCGAGGAGGACGACAGCUCUGCUGGAUGGACUUUGAGGAGGAACACAAGCGAUGAAACCAGAGCAGAGUGCGGAGCUGACUGGGGAAAACUUGCUGGUUCUUCCUGUAUCAUCAGUGUGACAGUCUCAUGGCACAGUGGAGUUUACUGGUGUGAGUCCAGAGAGGGAGCAACCAGUAAGAGCAUCACCAUCAGUGUCACUGGUGGAUCAGUGAUCCUGCAGAGUCCUGUCCUCCCUGUGAUGGAGGGACAUGAUGUCACUCUGCACUGUAAAACAAAGACGUCCUCCAACCUCCCAGCUGCUUUCUAUAAAGAUGGCUCCUUCAUCAGGACUGAGCCUGCAGGUCACAUGACCAUCCGCCAUGUAACCAGGUCUGAUGAAGGCCUCUACAAGUGUGACAUCACAGGUCAUGGAGAGUCUCCACCCAGCUGGCUCACUGUCACAGGUAGACCUCCAACCACAGCUCCACCUCCUACAUUGACCCUGCCCACAUCUGCAGCCCCGCCCCCUGACUCAGACCACCUCCACCUUGUGUUCAGAGUGGUCUGCCACCUGGUGGUGUUCUGUCCGUACUGCAUCUCCACUUUCAUCAUGGUGUCUUUAUAUCGUCAACGACAAAGAGGAAAUGACCUGCUCGUCUCCGUGGUGAUAACCCCGCCCACCCAGGCCGAGGAGGGAUUGGACGAUGACUACGAUGAUGUCAUCACUGCUGUCACCACGGAGCAUCACUUCUGAACUGAUGUGAAAUGAAGCUAAAAUGUUUCAGGUCCUUGGUAGAUGAGAAACAGUGGAGGACCCAGAACGCUUCCCUGUGGAACUCCACAUGUUGUAGU